ACUCAGGGGAAAGUUGCGGGGAAGUCCUCUGAGACUGCAAAGUAAGUGUAGGACAAGCGAAGCACAGGGUACAUGGUGGCCCUUUAUGGACAGCAGUAGGUCUUGGAACACCGAUGAGAUAUGGCCCACCUACCUGCCUUGCAGCAUCUGAUGGUGUGAUGCCCAUAGGCAACUGCAAAAAGCGCUGCAGUAGCUUGAAACUGGAUAUUGUCAGCGUUUUAGUGACAGACUGCUUGCUUGGCUGGAUUUCGGCUUUGUUCUUUAAUUCUGCGCAAGGUAAUUUAUCAGGAUAAUAUGCUGCACAUGGGAGAAUGUAAAUGGAGUCAAAUGUUUCCUUUUAUCAUGGCGUCACUUGUUUAUUCUGCUAAUGCCGAAUAUUCCAACUGUGGCGAAAAUGAGUACUACAACCAGACUACCGGAAUGUGCCACGAUUGUCCGCAAUGUGAGCCAGGAGAAGAACCUUAUAUGACGUGUGGCUACGGCACCAGAGACGAUGGUUACGGCUGUGUUCCUUGUCCAUUGGAGAAGUUUUCUAAAGGCGGGUACCAGAUAUGUAGGAGGCACAAGGACUGCGAGGGAUUCUUUCGGGCAACAGUUAUGACACCUGGAGAUCAAGAGAAUGAUGCAGAAUGUGGGCCUUGCCUCCCUGGUUACUACAUGCUAGAAAACAGGCCGCGGAAUAUCUAUGGGAUGGUUUGCUACUCCUGCUCCCUGGCACCUCCCAACACAAAAGAGUGUGCAGGCGUUACCUCUGGUGUGUCAGCCAGUUUCCCAAUUACUUCUGGAACAAGUACCCAUUCUCCUUUCCAGCAUGUGCACAAAGGAGACCUUUCCAGUCAAGGACACCUCGCAACUGCUCUUAUCAUUGCCAUGUCAACUAUUUUCAUAAUGGCAAUCGCUAUUGUCCUGAUCAUCAUGUUUUACAUUGUGAAAACGAAAACUUCGGCUCAAGCUUGCUGCACCAGCCAUUCCGUGAAGACCGUAGAAGCCCAGGCCAAUAUGCAGGGAGAAAAAAAAGAAGUACAAGAAAAUGUGGUGAUUUUCUCAGAGAAAGAUGAGUUUGGAAAAUUAACUGCAACUCCAGCAAAGGUUGUCAAGAGUGAAAAUGAUGCUUCUUCAGAGAAUGAGAGGCUUUUAAGUCGUAGUAUGGACAGCGACGAAGAAGCUGCGAUUGACAAGCAAGGGACGCCGGAACUGUGCUUGUUGUCUCUCGUCCAUUUGGCCAGAGAUAAAUCUUCCACAAACAACAAAUCCACUGGCAUACAAAGCCGACGGAAAAAGAUACUUGAUCUGUAUGCCAACGUAUGCAGCGUUGCAGAAGGCCUCAGUCCCACAGAGCUCCCGUUCGAUUGUCUGGAGAAGACCAGCAGGAUGCUCAGCUCCACGUACAACACCGAAAAAGCCAUUGUGAAGACCUGGCGCCACCUCGCCGAGAGCUUUGGACUGAAGCGUGACGAAAUAGGUGGCAUGACCGACGGCAUGCAGCUCUUUGACCGCAUCAGCACAGCAGGCUACAGCAUUCCAGAACUGCUAACAAAAUUAGUGCAGAUUGAGAGGCUAGAUGCCGUGGAGUCCCUUUGCGCGGAUAUCUUGGAGUGGGCCCAAGAGAUACCUAAACCUGAUCCGGUGGUGGCCUCGUGACGUGUGUUUGAGUUGCCUUCAUUUCAAAACAAUUUAUGUGCAUACGGAUUCCAAGAGCAAUGGGACUCAUUAUGGAAUGGAAUCUGAAAAAGCAUGGACAGCCUUCAGAUCUCAGUAGCAUUUUCCGUUGUUCCAAGUAUAAAACGAGCCAAGGAUUGUUACUGGUUCACCAUAAAAGAAAUGAAAGAAGCACAGGCUGAAGACUUCUUGAAUGAGACUGACUUGGCCUGUGAAGAGGAUAUUGCUGUUCACUUCAGACUCCUUUUACAAGCAGAGAUACAGAUCAACCUGCCAGUAUCAUUGCAGGCUCUGAAGAAAUCUGACGUAAUCGCUAUGGUUUAAUUUUGUCUCAGUCUUCCGCAAUUAGUAACUACUAUCAGAUAUAGUGUUGCCUGAUACAGAUAAUGCGAAUGUCAGUUCUAUUACAUCUAGCGUUUAACCAAAUGUCAGUUUCCUCUCAAAUAACAUUAAGGAUUAACCAAUUUAUUUAUUUAUUUUUUAAAAAAUCACAUGUGUGAGACUUUAUUGACGUAAAUUAGUUGGAUUAUGUGUGUUGAAAUUAGACCAAGUAGAUGGCAAUAGUCCAGUUACUUCAAAAUUUCAGCGUAUGCUGAAGUCUUGGCGCAUGUGGUCCACACAGACAUUUCAGAAAUAUUGUCACAUAUACUAAUGGAAAUAUAUGCCAAUUAUAAAAUUAGCAGAAUUUAUUUAUGAAUAUGCUCAUACACAUACAUUAAGUACAAUUAUUAUUUCAACCAUCUUUUAUGCUACAGAAGGAAAAAAAUAGACCUAAGCAUAGAAGUAUAUGGUGACAUUUAUUCUAUCUUCAACUAGAUCACAACCGAGGUAGGAAAUAUUAAUGCCUCAGUCAAUGCUGUUCAUUUAUUUGUUCAAGUCAUCUUUAGAUUUAAUGAAAUUCUUUACCAUCGCAACCCGUUUAGAGAGGGUAUUUUGAAAUGCUACUUCUGUAUUGGCUACAACCGUUAUGAUUUCAAGGCACUGGCUAAUCAGAUCGAUACUGAUGGACAGGUUUCUCUGAAAGACCACAGUCUGGUUCAUUUUCAUGGUUUGUCAUUACAAGAAUGAGUCUGUGUGAGCCUCAUUGCUUCUGCUCCCCCUCCCCUGCCCCAAGGCAUGAAGAGACUGAAAUCUCUUGCUUUUGAACUAACCACAGUUCAUUGUUCUGCCUGAACUCUGGGACUUAUUGUUCAUUCUAAUCUCGAUGAAUACAAACCAGAAUAUCAAACUCUGAUUUGGUGCUGGUUUGUUUUAAUGACCUGUGUACCUUGAAUUCAGAUAGAUGUAGCAAUGAACUUUGGUUACUCUAAAAGGUGAUUUAUCUCUUCCUGCAAUUGGAGAAAGGAGAAGAUGAUGGAAUAGGGAGCACAUGAUGAGCCACUGUUGUCAUUGAAGUGGGUCAACAUGUUUGCUGUUACCAGAAUUUCCCAGUAUGUGUCAAUGUGCAGGGGAAUUUUGAACAUGUAUUUUGAGUGUGCCCUCAGUUCAUAUGGGGCAAUGGCGAGAUCCAACAGUGUGACCAGUGCUCAACAUGAACUAAAAGCAUUGGAGAAUGUAUUUCGGAAUCCUUUGGGGUUCAAUUGCAGAUGUCUGAAGCUUCUCAGAAGAGGUCAGUGUGAACCGUAUUAAUGUGAUAAUUAAAUAACUACUUACAAAAGUUAGGGUGAGGUGUGGUCUCACCAUUGAAAUUACCCCAUUCAAUGUAAUAGAUGUUUAAAAUAAGCAAUAUGGUUUUUCCCUCUCAUUUGAAAAGUAGAAAAGAAACAACACAUUUCUAAAGAUCAAUACAUUUUUUUAAAAAAAACAGCUUUAUGAAAUGAUCACAAGAACUACCUAAUGUUGCUGGCAGACUGUCCAUGAGCAGGUAGUUUGGCCUAGAGCUCAGAUGAGGGCUAUCUCCUCUCAAGGAAAUCCUUACUUUUCUUGGCAUGGGGCUCCUCGUGAACUCAUAAUUACAGAGUCCAGGAGCCAGGGGCAGUUUAAUUAGCAAGUUUAUUAAUUUAUCGUUCAGUUCUCCACAAAGUGCUGUGUUGACAGAUUUCAGUAAGUUAUUAUUAUUAUUAAAGGAAACACCAUGUCUUAAAAAGCAAUGUUUUUUUAAUUACAAGUUGCAUGGCUGAGCAAAAGCGAUAUAAAACGAUAACUCAUAUUCUUUAAAAUUAUAACCAGCCCUGCCCCCUGCCUCUUCAGCUGCAAACAAAUGACAGUCGAAAGACUCCACUCUAAUGGGUUCAAUGUGAUGAAUAUUUAAUAUUGUCAUUUAGUUUUCCCAUGUGUGGUACCCAAUUUGUUAGCCUGUAAGCUUUGGAUUUCUAACUAUAUUUUACUAUCUCCAAAAUGUCCUUUCCCCUCUGAAUAAUGAUGAAGAAUACCUUGUGUAAUUAAUUUGCAAAUGCAUACUUUGAUUAUAGUUCAUUCCUUCCUGCCCAGUGCAGCUCCCUGUAGCUUUUAGACAUUCUACCACAUAAAGGGAAGCUGCACUCACCCACAACUAUCAGCUUGAGUCAGUAGCUCUGAAACGAUGCAACAUGGUCUAGAUCAGACAUCUGCAAUAGAAUCCUAAAGGAUUCUGAAAUACAUUCUCCAGUGCUGUCUUAGUUCAUGUUGAGCACUGGUCAGACUGUUGGAUCUCGCCAUUUCCCCAUGUUUUUGGACUACAGUUCCCAUCAUCCCUGACUAGCUAGCUAGAGUCCUGCUAGCUAGGGAUGAUGGGAGUUCUAGUCCAACAACAGCUGGAGACCCAAGUUAAGGAAACCCUGGUCUGGAGUCUAGUGCACAGGUUUAGCUUUCAAUUGUAAAGCUCAGAGGAACGCUAUUAUUUUACAACUUAGAAAGGUAGUCUUGCUUUGGUUAUUCUUCCACCUACUUCACAAAAAAGUACAGUAAUUAUUUCCCCCCUCCCUCAAAGCUUUGGGAACAAUAAGGCCUUGUGCAGUCCCAGCGUGAACACAGGCCUGGUUCAGAUUAUUUCAUUUUCAUACAAAAAUUGUUUUCUUGUAUUAAACCCCUAAAUAAAAGAGUUGGGGGGAAACAAAGACAAAUUCUGCACUUCUGCCAAAAUGUUUCUAUUGUAGCAAUUUUGUAUAUAUAACUUAUUAUUGUUGUACAUUAUGCAAAAAAUAAAUAAGGUAUUAAGAUAAAGCAA